CUUCACUUAAGCGAAAAUGAUCAAAGCCUUGACCUUCUUGGCUGCAGUAGCCGUAGUUUCUGCCUCUCCUUCAUACUUCUUAAAAAAUGCAUCGUGUGAGGGAGCUGAAAAUGUGACCUCGUGUGAGGCUGAUCUGCAAGUCUGCAAGAACAUCUUCGCAACUGAACAUGAUGAACAAAUUAGGAGCGAAAUAUACAGGAAAUGCCUCGACAAAAACGGCUUCAGCCAUCUUGAUGACGUGGACCCUGAGGUCCUGUUCAGUUCCACAGACACGCAGGCUCUGGCGCUCUUUGGUUCCAAGGAGAACCACGUAGCACUUAAGCAGUGCAUCCAGCAGGAGCGUGGAGAGUUAAGGCCUGACGGAUCAGUCGACCCACAGCCAUUCUUGGACAGGCUAACACCCGCCCUUAACGACACCCGCCCUGACCUCCUCGACCGCCUUGUUUAUGGUACAGAGUCCUGCUCGACUGAAAGCAUUAAGGAAUGGGAGGUCUGCAUCUUCUAUACAUGCUUCGAGGGGGAAUUCACACCAACUGAGAGUACUACAACUGUUGUUCCUGAGGAGUAAUCAUGUGAAAUAUUUUUAUACUAAAGUAAUAUUCAUAUUUUUAUUGAAAUCUUCAUGUCAGAACAGUGUAAAGCAAUAAUAUAAUACUGGUUAAAUAUUUGGAUUGUUUUUCUUCGAUGUCAUUUUCCUGCAAUUCUCUUCUAAACACUACUGAA